AUCCUUUGACCCUAAUGCGCCACGUGGCGCCGAUCCCCCUACCCCUUCUCGUCUCCCGAGUCGAGCUCUCCGCUCGCGCACUCUGCUACACCCCGUGCGCGAGCGGCAUUGUCCACCCUAGAUGCCACCCCAAUGAGACUCACUCGGCCUUACUGCGUCUGCUCUGUGCUCGUGUCGACGAACGGCGACCGAAGAGGAUGACGAGUGGCAUUGGGAUGGCGCUGUGAAGG